AUGGCCCCACGAUCGUCGCGCAACAGCGGUGUUGACACGGACGCCGACGCAUCAAUGUCUGAGGCGCAGGAUGCUCGGCCUGUCGACACAAUGGACGUCGAUGAGACCCCUGACUACACCGACUCUGAUACGCAACCAAAUACCACAGCUAGCAGCGUUGUCGGCGAACCCAUCGACGGUCGCCGGAGGCGAGCUGACAACAACCACUUGCAGAAAGCAGUCUUGCGAAAGAAACACGACAGUCUCGAACAGUACAAAGAGGAUGACACGAUCCGGCGCUUCAGAUACCUCUUGGGCCUGACGGACUUGUUCCGCCACUUUAUUGAGACUAAUCCCGACCCCAAGAUUCGCGAAGUCAUGGCCGAAAUCGAUCGUCAGAACGCAGAGUCGAGCAGAACGAAGAAGGGCGGGGGCCGUCAAGGCGGCGCCAGCAGCGGUCGUGUCCGUCGCACUGAAGCCGAGGAGGAUGCAGAAUUAAUCCGCGACGAGAAACGCGGUGGCGCUGCCGAGACCGUCUUUCGAGAAUCGCCGUCCUUCAUUCAAGGCACCAUGCGCGACUACCAGGUCGCUGGCUUGAACUGGAUGAUUUCACUACAUGAGAACGGUAUCUCCGGCAUUCUUGCAGACGAGAUGGGCUUGGGAAAGACGUUGCAAACGAUUGCCUUUCUGGGUUACUUGCGUCACAUUUGCGACAUCAAGGGACCUCAUCUUGUCACCGUACCAAAAUCAACACUGGACAAUUGGAAGCGCGAGUUUGAACGCUGGACGCCAGAAGUCGACGUUUUUGUUCUUCAGGGCGCCAAGGACGAGCGACAAGAACUUAUUCAGAACCGCCUAGUCGAUGCCAAAUUCGACGUCUGCAUCACGAGUUACGAGAUGGUCUUGAGAGAGAAAACACACCUGAAGAAAUUGCCCUGGAAAUACAUCAUCAUCGAUGAGGCCCAUCGUAUCAAGAACGAGGAAUCCUCGCUGUCUCAGGUCAUCCGACUGUUCCAUUCGCUCAACCGCCUCCUGAUUACUGGCACACCACUGCAGAACAACCUGCACGAGCUGUGGGCUUUGCUUAACUUCUUGCUACCCGAUGUGUUCGGUGACGCAGAGGCUUUCGAUCAGUGGUUCUCGGGCGAGGACCAGGACCAGGAUCGAGUGGUGCAGCAGCUUCAUCGCAUCCUCCGACCGUUCUUGCUCCGCCGUGUCAAGAGCGAUGUAGAGAAGAGCUUGCUGCCCAAGAAAGAAAUCAACUUAUACCUAGGAAUGUCCGACAUGCAGAUCAAGUGGUACAAGAAGAUUCUUGAAAAGGACAUUGAUGCUGUCAAUGGCGCAGGCGGCAAGCGUGAGUCCAAGACAAGGUUGCUCAACAUCGUCAUGCAAUUGCGCAAAUGUUGCAACCAUCCCUAUCUUUUCGAGGGUGCCGAGCCUGGUCCGCCCUAUACCACUGACGAGCAUCUGGUCUACAAUGCAGGCAAGAUGGCAGUGCUGGAUAAGUUACUGGCCAAAAUGCAGCAGCAGGGCAGCCGCGUGCUCAUCUUCUCCCAGAUGAGUCGUCUACUAGAUAUUCUUGAGGACUACUGCGUGUUCCGCCAAUACAAAUACUGCCGUAUCGACGGUAGCACCGCGCACGAAGAUCGUAUCCAGGCCAUUGACGAUUACAACAAGCCAGGGUCGGAGAAGUUUAUCUUUUUGUUGACGACUCGUGCUGGUGGCCUGGGCAUCAACCUUACGACAGCUGAUAUUGUCGUUCUGUACGACAGCGACUGGAACCCUCAAGCCGAUCUGCAAGCUAUGGAUCGUGCGCAUCGAAUCGGCCAGACGAAGCAAGUGGUCGUGUAUCGAUUCGUGACUGAUCAAGCUAUCGAGGAGAAGGUUUUGGAACGAGCGGCGCAGAAGCUCCGUUUGGAUCAGCUGGUCAUUCAACAGGGCCGUGCCCAGGUUGCAGCCAAGGCCGCUGCGAACAAGGACGAGCUGUUGAACAUGAUCCAGCACGGCGCGGAAAAGGUGUUCCAACAGAAAGAAGGCACUGGCCUCGCCGCCAAGGGCUCUGAUGUGACCGAUGAUGAUAUCGAGGCGAUCCUGGCUCAGGGUGAAGACCGCACGAAGCAGCUCAACGCCAAGUACGAGAAACUGGGUCUUGAUGAUUUGCAAAAAUUCACAUCAGAGUCGGCGUACGAAUGGAACGGUGAGAAUUUUGCCAACACGAAGAAGGACAUUGGCAUGAGCUGGAUCAACCCGUCCAAGCGUGAGCGCAAGGAGCAGUCAUACUCCAUGGACAAGUACUUCCGGCAGACAAUGUAUCCGAACCCCUCGAAGGAGACGAAGCCAAAGGCACCCCGCGCGCCCAAGCAGGUGCCCGUGCACGACUACCAGUUCUACCCUGCCCGCUUGAAGGAGCUGCAGGAGCGGGAGACAGCGCACCACCGCAAGGAGAUUGGGUACAAGGUGCCGCUGCCGGAAGGAGACGAAGAGAACCUGGCCGAGCGCGAGGCCGAGCGAGACGCUGAGCAGCAAGAGAUUGACAACGCCGAGCCUUUGACGGAAGCAGAACGCCAGGAGAAGGAAGAGCUGGCGACGCAGGGAUUUGGCGAAUGGAACAAGCGAGAUUUCCAGCAAUUCAUCAACGGAUCAGCCAAAUCAGGACGCACCGACUAUGAGGGCAUCUCGGAGGAGGUUGAUAGCAAGACACCAGCCGAGAUCAAGCAGUACGCCAAGGUGUUCUGGCAACGCUACACGGAGAUUCCCGACUACCAGAAGCACCUGCGUGUCAUUGAGGAUGGCGAGGAGCGCAUCAGACGGGUCGGCCACCAUCAGAAGCUCCUGCGCAAGAAGAUGCAGCAGUACCGCGUACCGCUCCAGCAGCUCAAGGUCAACUACUCUGUCUCGACCACGAACAAGAAGGUCUACACGGAAGAGGAGGACAGGUUUUUGCUGGUGUUGCUCGACCGAUACGGCAUUGACUCGGAGGGUCUGUACGAGAAGAUGCGGGAUGACAUUCGGGACUCGCCCCUUUUCCGAUUCGAUUGGUUCUUCCUCAGCCGCACGCCUAUCGAGCUGUCGCGACGGUGCACCACGCUGAUCACGACGGUCGUCAAGGAGUUUGAAGACGUCCCGUCCAAGAACGGCGCGAAUGGCAAGAUGAAGAGAGAAGAGGAGGAUGACGAAGACAGCGUGCUGAGCUCCGCGCCACCCAAGAAGAAGACCAAGAACGGCGUGAAGAACAAGGCGCUCGACAACGUCAAGUCAAGCAAGGCUAGCAAGGCCAGCUCUAAAGCGCCCUCGAGGGCGUCGAGCGUUGCAUCAACUGCUUCGGCAGGGGUGUCCAAGUCUAAGAAGGGUCGCAAGAAGUAA